AUGACACUUAACACUAGUAACCACAAAAACGGCUUUUUCAGACCGGCAAUCAAUGCCGUGACUCUCAAGGCCAUGACGUUGAGAAAUUUAUAG